AUGACCCUUUCCAAUGAGUUUGAAGCGUCCCAUCGGGCUUCCAUGUCCCUGGAGGAGGAUGAGAUUGACAUAGUAGGAGAGGACGAGCACCUCCACGACCAACUCCGACUUUACAGAGGAAAGAGCGCCACAGAAACGGUCUCGUCAGCCGAAUCCAGUGUGGAACUGGACUGCUCAGAGUUCGACUCCUCGGGGGAAAGCGAGAGCAGUUUCUGCACAGACACGCCUUCCUCCGAGAGGUCUCAGAACGGCUCGGCGAAGCCUCCGUACUCCUACAUCGCCCUCAUCACCAUGGCUAUCCUACAAAGCCCAAUGAAGAAACUGACGCUUAGUGGCAUCUGCGACUUUAUCAGCAACAAGUUCCCUUACUACAGGGAGAAGUUCCCAGCCUGGCAGAACUCCAUCAGACACAACCUGUCACUUAAUGACUGCUUCAUCAAGAUUCCACGGGAACCAGGCAAUCCAGGCAAAGGCAACUACUGGUCUCUUGACCCUGCCUCUGAGGACAUGUUUGACAAUGGCAGCUUUCUCCGGCGCAGGAAGAGGUUCAAGAGGAACCAGCCGGAAUAUGUGAAAGACGGGAUCAUGUUUUAUCCAAACUUCAGCUGCUACCGGCCAUACACAAGGCCUUAUGGAGUCCAGGGCCGGGUGAGUGUAGCGUCCGCACCUAUUCGGUACAUGCCAUUGCAGGAAGGUCUCGUGAUGGCUCCUUCCUCAUACCAACCCUACCCGAAUCUCAACGGCAACGAGAGGUCCAGCUGCCCCAAAGAGUUCAGAGUGCAGCUUGGCGCAUCUUUAUCUUCAGGACAGAAGCCUGAGCGCGACACACAAGCAAAGUGUUCAUUCAGCAUCGACAGCAUAAUGAGCAAGACGUCCGCCUCUGUCUCACAGAACCAGAACCCUCGCUGUUCCGUUGACCAUAACCACCUUUUUACGGGCCCCUCCGCCUGUUUGGUUCCGAGUAUUCUACCGGCUCCAUUACGGACUCCGUUCAGCACAAUGUUCAGUGCUGCCCCCUCCUUGUCGGACAACGUCCAAUUACCUUACCCAAGUUGUUAA